AAUGCAGCAAUACCUCGUACUGGUGGUACUUUGUGCAGUUCUUUUGCACACAAUUUCCUCAAGUGAUUCAAAAAAUGGCGAAAAACCGUUCAAAGAAAUCACUAACACAGACGAACGCCUCGUCAUCACCUACAACCCCAAAACAAAAAUCCAAGUCGCUGUUAACCAAAAAGCAAAAACCGCUCCCGUUUUGGACUACACUUACAACAUCAGUGCCAUGUACAACGGAAACACCGGAGCUGCCAUCUUCUUCAACUACGAAACGGGUAUUUCAGUGUACAUUCCUCCCGGAACAUCCGACUUAACUUGGUACAGCUCUAAAAAAAGUUUCGACGAUUAUUUUGGAAACUUGCGUACUUUGAAAGAUCUGUACCACUAUGGAGAAACCCACGGAAUUAGCUUCGACUCUGUCACCAUCACCGACGCUAUUUCUGAAGAGCUGGUUCAAAUUUUUGAACCUCUGAGCUCUGAAUACUCCUCACGGUGCCAAAGUCUGGCCACGAUGCUACACAUUUCUAAAAUAACUUCCGACCAUUUCAAGACGUCGAUGGUAGGGUGGCCUGAGGUGAUGGGUGAUGUUAAUUCACCAUUUCGAGGCGACUUUAAGUGGUUGGUGGGUAUGUACCAAGGCAUUGGGGAUUUCUUUGCUGAAAUCGCAGGAGGGAUGGGUCUGCUGGCUCAAAAAAGGGUUAAGCUAGAUUUGGGGAAAAUUCUGACGCAAGAUGGAGGAAUAGACGUGAUGAUUUAUCUGUUAGAACAAUUACAUCCGCACUUCGAUAUUGGAAAAAUAUUAGGGAAAGCUUUGAACUCUCCAGAAAGAUUUUUCACUUUAAAUGAUAAGUUCAGUGGGGAGAUGGGCUAUGGUUUCGACGGGUAUAUCCAUGUGCUUGCCGAAAUAAUCAGGUUAUAUGAAGAUAAAAGUUCUAUCCAGAAUGUGGAAAUUGCGUUAACCGACUAUUGCAAAAAUCCGAAAACUAGUAGUAAGGGUAUCCAGGAAAAAUGGAACGGUUCGGUUAAGAAAUUUUUAGCAACUAUAAAGAAGUUGAAGUUAGAUGAAGCUUUGAAAGAUUUAACUGGACUUUUAGGAAAUAUAACUGACAAUAAGUGGGUUUAUAAGGGCGUUAAUAUGAGCAAAAUUGUCGAGAUUGUUAUGAAAAUGGAUCCAAGUAACGUAGAUUCAGUUCCUGAAGUUUUAAAAUUACUGCAAGAAGGGAAGAAGAAAGAUCUGCAUGUCUGA